UUUCUUCAUUGCCCUAAUUUUCUUUCCAACUUUGGUGGAUCAACAUAACUCGAUUUUGAUCAAUCCAAUUAUUUGUUUUCUUACAGAGGAUAUAUAUACAUAUACAUAUAUAGUUGGUUGCUAUCAUUAGGGUAUGUAAAUGGGCUCCUCCGGUGGUGGUAGCGGCGGCGUUCCUCCUGGUUUUCGGUUCCAUCCGACUGAUGAAGAGCUCCUUCAUUACUACUUGAAGAAGAAGGUGUCGUUUCAAAAAUUCGACAUGGAAGUUGUUCGAGAGGUCGAUUUGAACAAGAUCGAACCUUGGGACUUGCAAGAGAAAUGCAGAAUAGGGUCGACGCCACAAAACGAGUGGUACUUUUUCAGCCACAAGGACAGGAAGUACCCAACGGGGUCAAGAACCAACAGAGCCACCAACGCCGGGUUUUGGAAAGCCACCGGACGGGACAAAUGCAUUAGAAACUCAUACAAGAAGAUCGGAAUGCGUAAGACAUUGGUGUUCUACCGUGGGCGAGCUCCUCAUGGCCAGAAAACUGAUUGGAUAAUGCAUGAAUAUCGCCUUGAAGAUGCCGAUGACCCACUUUCCAAUAACUCUGAGGACGGGUGGGUUGUUUGUCGGGUUUUCAAGAAGAAGAAUCUAUUCAAAGUGACAAAUGAAGGAGUUGGAGGAGGAGGAGGCACAUCGAGCGCGAACUCCGACCAACAUCCUAACAAUAAUAACGCUCAUUCCUCAGCCUCAAUCGCCACACCACACACAUUCAUGCAUAGAGAAUCUCAAUACCAACUCCGCCAACCCCAACAAAACUACGCUUCACAUCCUACAUUUGAGCUCAACAAAUCCGACCUAGCCCUUCACUACAUCCCAACCCCACCCCAACCCUCACAUUUCCCCCACCACCACCUCUUUCACCCUAACCUCUCCACUAUCAAGCCCGGCCUUCCCGGCUCGUCUUCCGCCUACGACUACCCGGCCCUCUCAUCCAUGCCACCCGACACCCCACUCAUGGUGAAACAACUCAUGUCUAAUAACCCUGAAACCGGCCAAUCGACUGACGGUAUGACUGAACCCUGGGCCAUGCUGGAUCGACUUGUUACGUCUCAUCUUGGAAACGAGGAUUCGAGUAAGGAUGUGAGGUUCGACGACGAACAUGGGUCAUCGUCGGUUAGUCAAAUCAAUCAGCUUUCGUUGAGGGGAGAGAUGGACUUUUGGGGGUAUGCUAAAUAAUUGAAGAAAAGAAUAAUAAUGUUUGUUAACUUUUUAUAAUAUUAACAGAAGAUGGCUGAUAAGAAUUGGAGGCUGGAUUCUGGAUGUGUGACAUUGUGCAUGUAGCUAAGGAUGGAUUUAUUUGUUUUGCAAUUUCAUUUUGCUUCAUUGGUUUGUGACACAUUGUUGGUUCAAUUCAACAUUAAUCUAAAUAAUAUUU